UUGACGGAAGCAGACCAGGCAUUGUAUCAAAAUUUUUCUCUUGUCGUGUCGGAACGAUGGCAACUGGAAAUAGCGGAAACGGUUUUCGAAGUGGUCAAUCAAGAGGCGGAUAAAUUGGAUGCUAAACGUGCUCGAGCCCGUCAACGUUCCAAUCAGAUUGCCGAGGAACUGGGACCGGCCAGUGGCAGUACAGUUGCUGGCGGUUCAGUACUGAGUGCUGGGUCAUCCGCACCAUUCGGGUUGGGUAGUAGCACCACUUCUGUUGGUUCCUCCUCUGGGCCCUCUGGUGAUGUAGCAUCACAAGAUGGAAUCGCUUCCGAUUGUAUUGUGGAGGGUGAAGUCCUCAAAUUGGGUGGUCCGUUUAUGCAAACCUGGCAACGGAAGCAUCUACGGCUCUUUCCAAAUCGGUUAGAGUUGUACAAUAAAUCCCGGGAUGGUUUAAUUUUAAAGAAAGGUGUCGAGGUAAGCAUUGUUUUCCUUAUUUCCAUGAUGGACAUCAAAGAAAUUUCACCAGAAUUUUGUCGUGUGUGUAAAAUGGAUCAUUGUAUUUCCAUCAAACUGAAAACUGACGGACGAAUAUACCUGACCUCCAAUGAUAAGGUGCUCAUCACACAGUGGCGUGAAGAGAUUCUUGAAGGUUAUCGUUUGUCAUGCGAAAUCAUGGCUCAUAUGAAUAAAAAAGCGCACAAGAUGUAUGGUGUUCCUGAUGUAGUCGGUGAUCCUGUCCAUUCAACACCAUCCCAUGCAAACGCUAGUUCUCAACGUCCCCAUGGUACGCAAGCUUUGGGCGUUGUUCAGCCCACAAGGACAAAUCAAAAGUCCCAUUCACCUCCACAGGCUUCCACUCCACAGCGCCCCCGCCUGAGUCAUCAGGUCUCCAUGCCCAACUAUUCCUGUACGACAUCCGCUCCUCAACAGACUGAUGCGCAAUCUCCCACACCCAAACCCAAUGACUCGUCAAUGCACCCGCCAACCAGUCCCACUCCUGGCUCCGUCAAUAACACGUCCGACAACCUGAUCGUGCGUGACGGCAGCACCAAAAAAGAUAGACCAGAUUCAGCAGGUGCUGUGAAUCCGUCCGAACUGGCAACACUCGGUCCUUCUGGCGGUAAAAUUCUGAAUCCGAGUUGA